AUGGCAUCUCUUCCACCGACAUCAACUCUGCCAACACUGGAUGCCGAACAAAGGGCACAAAUUCUCGACACCCUCUUCGAGCCGUGUCUGCAACUGCAUACACUAUCCGUCAGCUUACUGCGGGAACAGUCAUUCCCGACGUACGAUUCACUCAUUGAAGCGGUGGGCGAGCAGUUGCUGGAACUCCACCGAUCAAACUUGGAGAGUGAUCAAAAAUGGCUGGAAGCCAUCUUGUCCGCUCAUCCGCGGUUAGGUGAGAAAAAGGUUGAAAGUGAACAGAGUCGUAAGGAGCAAGCGCAGCUGAAUCAAGGCGGAGCGGAGGAGGCAGAGAAGCUGGCGGAGAUGAACCGCAAAUACGAAGACAAGUUUCCGGGUCUACGAUAUGUAGUGUUUGUGAACGGACGAAGUCGCCCUGUCAUCAUGGAGGACAUGCAAAGGCGAAUAGAUCGAGGAGACAUUCAGCUGGAAAAGCAAGAGGCAAUCAAGGUAGGUGGUACAUUGCUUUCGACCCCACGCAGCUUCAGUGAAGUCAAAUCUUCUAACAAGUGCUACUCUCCUUGCCUAAAGGCCAUGUGUGAUAUCGCAAAGGAUCGCGCGAAGAAGCUGGGUGGGUAA